AUGCUUUGGAAGCAAUUCUCGAGAAGAUCAAUUUCACCACAGAAUAAAGAGAACUUAAAUUAAUAGGUUGUACAUAUUUUGUUAUCAAAGAGGUUAUAACUAAAAGGAGAGAUAGCAAAAUUUCAAAUCGAUAUCACGAUAAUUGUUCAUAACUUACAAUCAUUGAAAAUUAUCAAAUACCAAAAUAACCAAAGUUGAAAUCAUUAGAUCCUCUAUUUGAUGAGACUCUAUGGAAAUGUAAUUCAUAAGAUCUAACUUUAAAAUUAUUUAAAGAAUCAAUAAUUGAUAAAACAGCAGCAUUUAAAGAGAUAUAUAUAGUUGGAAAAUAAAUUGGUUCAGGAUCCUAUGCUAGUGUUAGAUUAUGUGCUGAUAAAUUAACACUAAAAUCAUAUGCUCUUAAAAUUUAUAAUAAAUCUGGCAUUUCAUCUAGUCGUUAAAAGUCCAUUCUUCGUGAAAUUCGCAUACUUUAAAUGGUCAAACAUCCGAACAUUAUUAAUGUUUAUAAUGUGAUAGAAACUAAUAAUCAUAUAAAUUUACUUUUAGAAUAUAUUGAUGGAAAAUAAUUAAAUACUUUAAAAGGUUAUAAUUUAAAAUAAGCCUUAUUCUAAAUUGCAUCAGCUUUAAAUUAUUUACAUCUUCGACAUAUUACCCAUAGAGAUGUUAAAAUUGAAAACAUACUUUAUUCAGAUGGUUAAGUCAAAUUAAUUGAUUUUGGUUUUUCCACACUUUUUUCUAAUUCAAUUAAAAAAAAAAUUUAUUGUGGCACUCCCAGUUAUAUGGCUCCAGAAAUUGUUACUAAAUAAUAUUACAGAGGACCUCCUGCUGAUAUAUGGGCCUUUGGAAUUGUCAUAUUUUAUUUAACUUAAGGAUAUUUUCCAUUCAAAGGUUAAAAUGAUAAAGAAUUAUUUCAAUUGAUUUUUUAAUGCAAAAUUAAUUUUAAUUCCAUUAAUGAUACUUACUUGUAAGAUCUAUUAUAUUAAAUGCUAUAAUUUGAUCCUGAUGAUCGCAUUUCUGCUAAUGAUGUAUAAAUUACAAUUUUAUUUAGAUUCUCUCACAUCCUUGGUUUUUAGAAUAAAUCAAACCAAUUAGAAUUAAUAAAACACAAAAAUCAAGCUGUUCAAAAAUUCAUUCACCUAAAUAAAUCAAUCCUUAUCAAUAAUAUUAAUCAACAGUUAAAAAAAAUGAUAAAGCUUCAAUAGAAUAUCAAUUAGAUCAUUCUUAAAUUAGAAAAGGUAUAGUCCAAUCAUACAUGAGUUCUGUUGCAUCCACUAAAUCACCAAUUUUAAGGAGAAGAGAUUCAGGAAAUUAAACAUUUGAUAGAAGUAGUAAUUCUGUUAUUAAUUAAUAUAAAUGA